AGCAGCAACCCACAAAACCGAUGUUGAAUGAUUUUUUUAUUUUACUAUCAAGCCCGCAGAGAGAGAGAUACCAUCAUCAGAGGCCUGCGAUCAUUUGCUGCAUCCACCUGCAUCCGUUUCACCCCUCUGAACGGACAGAGGGACUUUGUCGACAUCCAGUCUCGCUCAGGGUGUUUCUCAUUUGUAGGGCGUCGUGGUAAUGCCCAGGUGGUGUCUCUGAGUCGUCAGGGCUGUGUUUUCCAGCAGAUCAUCCAACACGAGCUGCUCCACGCCCUGGGCUUCAACCACGAACAGACCCGGUCUGACAGGGACCAGCAUGUUCGCAUUCUGCUGCAGAACGUCAUUCGAGGAAUGGAGUUCAACUUCAGGAGGAUCCGAACAAGGAAUCUCGGCACUCCCUACGACUACAACUCUGUCAUGCACUAUGGACGGUUUGCCUUCUCCAGGAACAGGCAGCCAACCAUCGUUCCCAUCCCCAACCCCAAUGUAGCCAUCGGUCGGGCCACGCAGAUGAGUCCGACCGACAUCCUUCGAAUUAACCGCCUCUAUCGCUGCAAUACGAGAGCCUCCAAACGUGACCCUGAAGUGAGCAGAGGGACCGUGUCCUCUGAAUGAAAGAAAUAAAGAGGAAAUGAGGCAAAUUGAUGCAGCUUCUCAUCUACAAGCAAACAAGGAAAUGCAUCCUAUGCUUAAUGCAUGAGAUUUAAUUCAUAAUUUGAUUAAAUGAGCUUUUGCGCUGACUUAGUGAGAAAUGAAGUGUCCAAUAAAAUUAUCACAAAUUUACUCCUAAAUGAAUAACUGCUUGUGAGCUUGACUGAAUAC